CCAUACGUCACUGGCAGCGGCAAACACAGAGAGCACUCCCUCGCUGACUAUAGCAACGGCACAAAGCAACAGCCUCCUCUCACCGUCUGCCUCCAGCCCACCUCUCUACUAAAGAAAUGUAGUUUGGAUAAACGCGGCAACGAAGAAAGCGAAAGGACACCCAGGUCUCAAACGACCAGAAUGUAGCCUUCCGUAAAUAGUCCAGAGUGAGGGGGAACCACAGGAAGUUCUGCGUUGAGACGUCAGUCACAUCUUCCGGAUCCACAUCUAUAGACGACAAAGCAUCAUAGCUCAGUUGAGUUCGAGAAUAAUUCGAUUUUGUCAAAUGGAAACGGGGAUCACCAUCACGGGGAACACCACCACCAACCGUUUUCUAGACCACACGCAGGAGGAGAUGCAGGCCAGGCAUCCGAAUCAUCACCGUCCUUCAUUUGGCUUUUGAGGGCGUCUCUGACCUGUGGAGUGACUUGCCCUCCUCUAGAGGCUGAGGUUGGCUUCAGGGUGUGUUUGCGGCAGCAUGAGGGAGAUGUGCUAUGUGCGAAGACGGGACCUUGCCUACCUGCUGUGGUUUUAGCCUCUUCCAUGACUGCUGCUGGAGCAGGAAAAGGAGAAUCCAACCUGAGACGUCUCGCCCGGAGGCCUUCCCUCACCCUCACAGACUCCCCGAAAGCAACCGUCUUGGAACAAACCGACCCUGCCUACAGAAGUUCGGCACUGGUGUGGGGACCCUGCCCGUGCUUGAGCCACCGGUGGUCCAGGUUGUGGUCAGCAAUGCCAAAAACCAGCAACAGCAGUCAGACAACAUCCUGCCCCAAAUUGCCAACAAAGGGGGCCAAAACAACUACCAGGCACACCCGGAUGAGAGGUCGAAGCCCACCCAGCCGUUCAGCAAGCGCAUCGGUACAGCAGUGGAUAAAGUGUCCGUCUCCCGCAACAGCAAGAUUUUCAGCAACAAGCUGGAGAAAGAGAAGGCAUAUGAAGGACAGAAGUUACCCAUGUCCCCCACAGAGGCACUCAAGAACUUCAAGGAACGGAUGACGGAGUUUGAGCAGGAGGAAAUCAUGGACUAUGCAGAGAUCUGGUUCCUUGGUCUGGGCUCUCAGAAGAUCGAGGGAUCCCAAGGUACACCGCAGAACUCUGGAUAUGAUGACGAGCAUGGAAGCUACGUCAGGGUGCUGCAUGACCAUAUUGGAUACAGGUUUGAAGUGCUCGAAGUGAUUGGGAAAGGUUCCUUUGGGCAGGUCCUGAAAUGCCUGGACCAUAAGAACAAUGAGCUCGUAGCCAUUAAGAUGAUACGCAAUAAGAAAAGGUUUCAUCAGCAAGCCCUGGUGGAGUUGAAGAUCCUGGAUGUGAUAAAAAGGAAAGACAAAGACAACCUUCACAACGUCAUCCACAUGAAGGAGUACUUUUACUUCCGAAAUCACCUGUGCAUCUCCUUUGAGCUCCUCGGAGUGAACCUGUACGAGCUGAUUAAAAAAAACAACUUCCAGGGCUUCAGUCUCGCUCUCAUCCGUCGGUUCACCCACGCUCUGCUCAGGUGCCUGCAGAUGCUGCAUAGGGAGAAGAUUAUCCACUGCGACCUCAAACCGGAGAACAUCCUUCUUUCUCAGAGAGGGCCGGGGAACAUCAAGGUGGUUGACUUUGGAUCAAGCUGUUAUGAACAACAAAGAGUGUAUACCUACAUCCAGAGUCGCUUCUACCGCUCCCCAGAGGUCAUCCUGGGUCACCCGUACAGCAUGGCCAUUGACAUGUGGAGUCUGGGUUGCAUCCUUGCUGAGCUCUACACAGGCUAUCCUAUCUUCCCAGGAGAGAGCGAAGUGGAGCAGAUAGCUUGCAUAAUGGAGGUUUUUGGCAUGCCCCCAAAUGAUUUUGUUCAGUCAGCUGCAAGGAGGAGACUUUUCUUUGACUCAAAAGGAAAUCCCAGGAACAUCACCAAUAGCAAAGGGAAGAAGAGACGACCCAACUCCAAGGACCUGUCAGCCACAUUGAAAACAAAUGACGCUUUGUUCUUAGACUUCAUCAAGCGCUGCCUCACUUGGGACCCUACCAAGCGCAUGACUCCAGAUGAGGGGCUACAGCAUGAGUGGAUCCUGGAGGGGAAUUUCAACAGAGUCCGCCCAAGAACCAAGCCGCCAGCGAAGAAGGCCUCAGACAGUUUGACCAGCAAGCCUGCAGAGAAAGACAGCUCAGAAAGCAGCAGCGACAAGCUGAAAAGAGACGGCGCAGCAGCAGCCGCAAAAACGGCUCCUGGCGAACGCCUGCGGCCCAUCGGGGCCUCAGCGGAGGAGGAGGUGGGUGAGACUGAGGGGAAGAUGUCCACGGAUACCAAGCACGAAGAAGGAGGUGGAGAGAGGCCCGUUCACAUCAUCAUCAAGCCGCAAGAGGGCGUGGGCACGGAGAGAAAAGACAGCCAAGAGCUGUCUCAGUGUUUGCCCCCUAUCAUAUAACCGGCAAAGGCAAUCGCGCUGCGCUCAUGACAUUGGGGAACUGUUGUUUUCGGCUCAGUGUUCCAAGAGCGAUCGAGUUGGUCAAGUGCGAGGAAAUGGACAGCUAAGAAAAAACGGGCCAUUUGUUUGGCCCUCAAAAAACAGAACAUGUGAAGAUCUCCUUAAUCCAUUUACUACAAACACUGCCAUUUUGCUUCUGUGUCACAAAAACGAUGUGUUAGAGACGUCCGAGCCAGAGGGAAAGUCUCAUUUUCUGAGUUUCGAGUCCGAAAGAAGUGGAUGUUUUGAACCUCAAGGUAGGAAGCAAACCAGUCCCCACAUGCUGUGAAUAAAAUAUAAAUGUAUUAAUUAGACAAUAAUCAGCAAAAAGGGGACAUCCCCUAUUUAUUGUUUUAGGAAUGCAGUCGUAGCGCAUUCUUUUAUUCUGUGAAACUUUGAGUUUUUAUGACCGGGAAGUCAAUCAACCAGUUGUCCUUUUUUAUAUGAAGGUGCAGUUGCAGACAUUUCACUUGCGUGUCGCCAUUGAGAUACCAAGCCGUCUGCCAAAUACAAUUGCAUAUUUUGAAUAUUGAUAAAGAAAAACUAAUUAAUAGUACACUGUCCUCUGUAUUAUUUAUUAAACCCAAUCUUUGCUGUGCAUUGACAUCUUUGAUAAACAGGUUAUACCAUAAUACCAUAAUACUUUUAAUGUUCUCAGUUUUUAAGUUUAAAAUCAAAUUUAAACUCACUACAGGGUUAUAAAAUGAAAAUUUUGUUUGGGAUUGCAUUUUAUUUUAUUUUACACAUAACUUUCAUAAUCCUAAACUAUUUUAAGUGUGUGGAAUAAAGGCUGAGCCAAAAAAGGAGUUUUUUAAAUCAUGUUCUCAAAUAACUAAUUGUCAUACCCUUUUUAAUUGCAGAAUUUUAUCGAUGACAUAUUGAUUAAUAAUGAUUUAACAUAGUUAUUAUGGAGUAUGUUUGAGCCUGUUUCAUAUUUGUUCAACAAUUUAAUCCAAACUUUUACAAAAUAUGUAAUUGUAAUAUAAUUGAAUGUAUAUAUUUCUGCUGUGUUUUAUGGUGUAAUACAGAACACAUGUUAAAAGAAUAUUCCCGAUAUUUGUUGAGGGUUUGGACAAGGUUUAACUUGUUGUGUUGUUACUGUAUAAAAAUAUUUGGGUCUGUUAUUCAUAAUAUAAUUUUUAUUAGUAUCAAAAAUAAAAUCAAGUUAUUGAUAGUUUGUGCCUUGCAGUAUUAGAAAUCUUGCACUUUAUUAUUGUGUGCGUACACCUGGAUUAGAUACUGUGCGAUUCUUGUCAACAAGGGUUCAAACCUGCCACAAUCCCUUUCAUUUGAUAUAAUAAUUCUCGUCUAACAAUACAGAAAAUACCAUAUUUACAAUGGAUUUAUGUCUUAAGUCGCCAACGGAGAUUGAAUUGGACAUUGAUAGGCCGCAUGCUCUAUAUCUAGCUCAGCAACAAGUGAUCCCAAGAGAGUGGAUUGCAGCUCAAACAAGAAAAGUUAUGUUGUGCUCAUUAACAUUUUUAUGUCUCUAUGUCUUUUAUGAUGAAUAAAAGUUUGUUUUCAAGAGCA